CCUGGUGGUGUUCCGGUCGCCGCUCUAUGCGGGGAUCCCCGAGAGGGCGUGCGGCAGCCUGAGCCGCCCCAACGACACGGCGACCCUCGAGGGGCUGCUGGACUUGGGGCCACGCCGCCAGAGCAUCCUUGCCAACCGGGUCGUGGGUGGGGGGGAUGCCUUCCACUGCGCCCCGAUCGUGGUCAGCAUCCAGUUGCUACUUCUUCUCCGUGAACGCCAUGAACUGGGAGUCGAGCGCCAGGAACUGCUCCGGCAUGGGGGCCCAGCUGGUGGUGAUCAACACGCCGGAGGAGCAGGAAUUCCUCCACUCCACCAAGCCCAGGAGGAGGGAGUUCUUCAUCGGCCUCUCGGACCGCGAGACGGAGGGCCAGUGGCGGUGGGUGGACCAUACGCCCCUCACUAAGCCCUGGAGCUUUUGGGAUAUAGGCGAACCCAACAAUCUCGUGGAAGACUGCGCCACCAUGCGGGACUCUCCGAACCCCAGAAAGAACUGGAACGACAUCCCCUGCUUCUACAGCAUGCCCCGGAUUUGUGAACUACCGGAAAUAAGUGUUUGGGGCUAAGGAAAACAAUCUCUAAGCACAAAACACCCAGCUCCCCCAUCCCCCGCCCAGGACUUCACACUGAGGAUGCAGACAAAGGAAUUCGUCUAUUAAUUUAAAAAAAACAAAAAAGUCCUUUCCAGGGUUGAAUUUCCGGAAUGGAGAGCCGCUGAGGUUCGCGGUUCGAACCCAGCCCGGAUAAGAACGUGUGAGACGCUCUGAUCUCCAAUGGGACCAGCAGGAAAGUCCAGGGUGGGGCCGUGGCUCAAGGGGUAGAGCGCCAGCCUUUCGCCAAACGGCUACAAGACGGAACCCAGGCCCUAAAUUCAACCCCAGAGCCGCCGAGAUAAGAGGGGGAGAAAUACGUUUACGUCCGUUUGAAACAACGACGGAAAGCAAAUGGGAAUUGACU